GCGAGGAGUGGGCACAGGUGGGCGGCGGGUGCCGACCGAGGGCGGGGGCGGGGACCCUUUUUCACCUCUUUGGAGCCCGAGCGCCGCCAAAAAAGUUGGCGGCUUUUCUGAAUUGAUCGGCCCGCCAGCAGGGUACGCUCCCACUCCACACCAUUUUUGGCAACGCUCCCGGGUCCAUCGCCGAGCGGGGACUGCGGUUCAUUGCGCGGCACACCGGCCAACCGCCGAAACGCCACGUGGAGGCAUUCGACUACCGGUAGUUCCGCUCCAGUGCCGUGACGUGGUUUCCCCGCUUUCAUCACCCAGGAAGCGGCGAUGGCUGCCGUGGCGCUGUCAUCCGUAGGCGCCAGCCUGGGGAAGCUGUCGCUCUCUGGUCCUGUUGCGCUGAACUCCCGAGCGACGGAGAAGACAUUGACGCUCUGCCGCCCAAGCACGAAGCACAGACCCAGUCCGGCUGCUGCAGCCGCUGGAUUUUUCCCCAUACUAGCCAAGCAAAAUGCCUUGAAGAGACAGAGGCAAAAUGAAAAGAGGCGAGUCUACCAUAAGGCAAGGAGAUCUGAAAUGUCAACACGCAUGAAGAAGGUGUUGACGGCAAUCGAGGGCUUAAGGAAGAAGCCCUGUCUCUUAUACACAUCUAGAUGUGUGUUGACGGCAAUCGAGGGCUUAAGGAAGAAGCCUGACCUGGGCGAAGAGGAUAUUGGGCCCAUUGAGAAGUUGAUCGCAGACGCAUACUCGAUAAUCGACAAGAGUGCGAAAGUGGGCACGAUUCACAGAAACAAGGCGUCCAGAAGAAAAUCAAGAUUGGCGAGGGCCAAAAGAACAUUGUUGAUGCAAGCAGGACUGUACACGCCUGCACCGGCAGCCGGAGCUGGUGUAGAGGCUGUGGCAGCUUGAUUGCUUUUAGUGUGUUGCAAAUCCCACUACUACACAAUUUUGCUGCAAACUUGUUUUCUAUCCUGCUCUUGUGUACACAGGGAGAAAAAAAAGUUAAAGUUAAUCUGUAUGAUAACCCCCCCUUGUGCAAUCAGUUGUUUUGGGUGUCAAUGAUCAAAUCACUCCUUCACUUCUUGAUCGCUAGCUCCAGACAUGAUAUGUAGCUUUAUUGUUUCUUGUUGUUGGCUUUUCCAAUUAGGGUGCUGCAUUUUGAAUAUCACACACACACACACACACACACACACACACACACACACACACACACACACACACACACACACACACUGUAGCUGUCCGUUCCCUGCUCCUUAGGUAUGGGUUGAUUCAUGGUGUCAAGAUUGCUCUUCUUCACACACAGUGGCUCUCUCCUGUUGUAACAGUCAAAAAUGCUGCAGAAGGUUUCAGCAUAGGACAACGAUUUUGAAAUUGCUGAGAAGUGUUCCGCUCAAGUUCUCACGAUCACAUCAAGCUAUCCCUGAAGGUUUUUGGCAUUGAUUUGCGUGUGUGUUGUCAUGUUCACUAUACAUAAUGACAAGUGUUUCUGUUGUCAUGUUUGCUAUACACUUUAACAAAAAAAAGCAUGACUG